AUGAGCAAAUUGUCAUCUAUCAGUUCUCAUGAGGUUUUAGACAGUGAACAGGAAAUUUCGAAAAAAGCAUUUAUACCUUCACUACGAACUCCUUUUGAAAACGACAAACUUAGAUUGAGAAAGGAUGAAGAAUUAGAAUAUACUUCGUAAAAAAUAAAUUUGAGUAAUUAAUUGCUAUCUUCUGCUGCACCUGUAUUGGAUACAUUAUCAGAAUAAUUAUUAGAUUUAGACUUGUCAAAUAACUUAUUGAAUUAAUUCCCCAAUUAAUUGAAGUCACUCACUAAGUUAAAGAUCCUAAAUUUGAGUUUCAAUUAAAUCCAAUCAAUUCCUAUUAAAUUUCACCUGCCAAAUUUGGAAAAAUUAUUAUUGACUGAUAAUUAGAUAAAGCAGUUACCAUCCAGUUUAUUUAAAUUAAAUGCUCUAAGAGAGUUAAAUUUAAAUAACAACAAUAUAGAAUAUUUGCCAUAGGAACUAUUUGAUUUAAAAUUAACAUGUCUCGGAUUAAGAUCAAAUAUGUUUACUACAAUUCCAGCGAAAUUCAAUGAAAUUUUGGAUUCUUUAUAAUAUUUUGAUCUUGAUUGGUUCGAUUAUUGUGCUAUCAGUUGCUAACUUGAUAGACAGAUCAAAUCAAAAUUAGUUUAAUUGGGCUAGAGAGUCGUGCAAAGACAAGAAAUCAUAACAUUCUCGUUAUUUUACUACUAUAUGGUUGGAAAAGUGUUUGAUAUUUAGUAAUUCAUUUAAAAUGGUAAGAAUAUUUUAUUUACAUUUAUAUAAAGAGAUUCCAUAGGAUUGUUAAAGCAAUUUAGUUAAAAAUAUCCAGAAUUGCUUAUGAUAAAAGAUGAGGAAGAUUGUUCACUUCUUCUAUAUGCAUUCAAUUUGCAUAGGACAAAGUGUAUUAAUUGUUUGUUGCCAGCCUUUAGGAAAAGUAAAAUUGAAAUGCAAACUUUGUUCAUGUUAUCAGCUAAACGAUUGGAUAUUCAAAUGAUGAAGAUCUUGUUACAGAAUGGGAUUGAAUUAAAUCAGCAAAUGGAGAAGGACAUUAUUGGACCAAAUAAAAUACUUGUCGCUUAUGGAUCUACUGUUAUGCAUGUAGCGAUGACAUCAUUUGGCAGAAAUGCAUAACAAUAAUAAUAAGCAUAAAUAAUGGUCAAACUUCUAUUAGACAUGGGAUGCGAUCCAAACAUUAGAAACCCAAUGAAAUUAACUAGUUUACAUGCUGCUGUAAAAUUACCAUCUUUAGCUGCAGUACGAUUUGCUAGUAAUAGCACUCAAUUUGAUUUCCACAAAAGAGAUCUAUAUAAAAACACUCCCCUUCAUAGUGCAGCUUCGAUGGGGUUAGUUACUAUCUUACAACUGAUUUAAGGAAAGAAUGUCAAUCCAUUUUCUUUGAAUCUCAAUAAUAAGACCGCUAAACAAGUAUCUAUAGCAUCAUUGUAAGUAAUUAAAAUUUAAAGGAAAUAUGAAAACUAAUACUUAAGAAAGAAAUUACUCAUUGAAAAUGAAGAUCAUCGAACCUACUAGAAGAACGAGAACUUGACGAGCCUUAAUAGUUACUAAACUAUAACUUAGAAUUAAUAAAUAACAGAAAUUAAAAGCCAAGUUCCGUCGCCAUAAUCCUAACAACAACAAAGGAAGAUAUUCAGAUUGAAUUUAACUUAAGUCAAAUUGAUGGAAUAGAAUGGUUUACUUUCAAAUCGACAACAAUAAUCCUCUCAAAGAUCCUUGGCACCUAAAAUCCAGGAAAUAUUAUCUAGUAUCUCUUAAAUCAUGAGAAAAUAUCAACAGAGCAAUAAUGUUCUUCAAGAAAUGAAGAAGUUAUAUUAUUGCACUGAAGUACUUCAAGAGAAGUUGAUAAUUUCUAUUUUCGUAAAUCUCAUCAUCAUGAAAUUAAAGUAUGGUUGGAAAUACCUGUCUAGUAUUGGUACAUCUACAAUUUCUGUAUUAAAUCAAACUAAAAUAUUGUACUAAAAACCAUAAAGUGCUAAUGAAUAUUUUAUUUAUUAGAACUAGGGGAUGAUUGAAAAAUACAAAUAAAAUUGUCUCAAAAUGUAGAAAAUAGAGGAUAUAUUAUCUAAUGCAGAUUUUCAGAAUCAAAAACAGUAGUUAUCUUUGAAUUUAAGAUAUAAUAUACAUAACAAUUGGGAAGAGAAAAUUAAGGAAUAUGAGGAAUUCUAUUAGAACAGCAUGGGUGAUACACAAUGGAUGAUCAGUAUAAAAGGACUCAAGAUUCAAAAUAAAAUAAAGACGGAAAAUAAUAAUAGAAUGAUACUUUAUUAAUAUGAACAACUUUAAAAUAAUUCAGCCUCCUAAACUUAGUUUAUCAGAGUAGUGCUAAGGCAAAUGGAUUAUUAUAAAGAGCUUAAAGUUGAUAAUUCAGAAUCAGCUGGUAGUUUAAGCGAUAGAAUGAAUUAAUUCAACAAAAAUCCAUUAGUUAAUAAGAAGGUUAAUCAGUUUGUGAAUUUGAAAUCAAACAAAAUGGAAUUUCUUUAUAGAAAUAUGAGUCAGACUGCGAGGAGAGUGUCUCCUUAGGUUUAAUAGCAUCAUGGAGAAAAGGCACAGACCUUUCGAAAGGAUUCUGCUAUUAUUAAUUCAAUAGAUUUUACUUUAGAUAAUUUGUGA